AGGCCUGCUCCAGAGCUUCCUCUCCGCCUCCUCCGCUUUGCCUGCGAGUGCUCCGAAACGAAGUGGGGCGGUAGUGGCCGGUGCAGAAACGUUGCCUAGGCGAACACGAGAUGACCGGUUCGAAUGAAUUCAAGCUGAACCAGCCACCCGAGGAUGGCAUCUCCUCGGUUAAGUUCAGCCCCAACACCUCCCAGUUCCUCCUGGUCUCCUCCUGGGAUACGUCCGUGCGCCUCUACGAUGUGCCCGCCAAUUCCAUGAGGCUCAAGUACCAGCACACUGGUGCUGUCCUGGACUGCGCCUUCUACGAUCCAACACAUGCCUGGAGUGGAGGACUAGAUCAUCAACUGAAAAUGCAUGAUUUGAAUACUGAUCAAGAAAAUCUUGUUGGAACUCAUGAUGCCCCUAUCAGAUGUGUCGAAUACUGUCCAGAAGUGAACGUGAUGGUUACUGGAAGUUGGGAUCAGACAGUUAAACUGUGGGAUCCCAGAACUCCUUGUAAUGCUGGGACAUUCUCUCAGCCGGAAAAGGUCUACACCCUGUCGGUGUCUGGGGACAGGCUGAUUGUGGGCACAGCAGGCCGCCGAGUGCUGGUGUGGGAUCUGAGGAACAUGGGCUAUGUGCAGCAGCGCAGGGAGUCCAGCCUGAAGUACCAGACUCGCUGCAUCCGAGCCUUCCCAAACAAACAGGGUUAUGUGUUGAGCUCCAUUGAAGGCCGAGUAGCUGUGGAAUACUUGGACCCGAGCCCUGAGGUUCAGAAGAAGAAGUACGCCUUCAAGUGUCACAGGCUAAAGGAGAACAACAUCGAGCAGAUUUACCCAGUCAACGCCAUCUCCUUUCACAAUAUCCACAACACAUUUGCCACAGGAGGCUCUGAUGGAUUUGUAAAUAUUUGGGACCCAUUUAACAAAAAGCGCCUGUGCCAGUUCCAUCGCUACCCCACCAGCAUCGCAUCCCUUGCUUUCAGUAAUGACGGAACUACGCUUGCAAUAGCAUCGUCAUAUAUGUAUGAAAUGGAUGACACCGAGCAUCCUGAAGAUGGUAUCUUCAUUCGCCAAGUGACAGAUGCAGAAACAAAGCCCAAGUGA